CUUCAUUACUAACAACAAAUCUGGUGUUCAGGACUGACUCUGUGUCGUCUCUGUAUCUGCUCAUUGAACCGACUCAUUCGUAUUGAUUAAAUUAGCUGACCAUUUAAAUGUGAAGUUUCACGAUUUAAAUUGUUGCUUCAGCUCUCGUUUUAUUCUUAAAGAAGCGGAGAAAGUGUCCAGUUCAGUUUGAAAUCACAGGAGUGAGUACAGAAUGUAGAAGUCUGAACUCUAUGUAGUGGUUUGUGUUAUCUUUACAUUCAUCUUCGAUGAGAGCAUGGCAUGUGGAGAGAAGCUGUCACCUUGUCUGUGAUUUUAAACAGUCCACCACCAAAGAAACAUAAGACACAGUUACUCCUGCUUUUGAAAGUGAAAACUCAAAGAUCGAUGAUUAACUUCACUGUGUUUUCUUCUUUCACUCUCAGCGCCUACUUUGACAUCGGCACCUUGGAGUACUUAUCUUUCAUGGUUAUUAUGUCUUUAUACGUGUUGAUUGUUUUAGCCAAUCUUGUGCUUGCUGUGCUGAUCUGUAUGAACAGAAGUCUUCAUGAACCCAUGUACAUCUUCCUGUGCAGCCUGUUUGUGAACGAGCUGUACGGCAGCACAGGUUUGUUUCCUCUCCUCCUGGUUCAGAUUCUCUCAGACGUUCACACUGUGUCUGCUCCUUCCUGUUUCCUGCAGAUCUUCUGUGUGUACUCGUAUGCAAAUGUUGAGUUUUGUAAUCUAGCCGUUAUGUCUUACGACAGAUACCUCGCCAUCUGUUUCCCUCUGCAGUAUAACACACUCAUGACAUCCAACAAAGUGGCCUUCCUUAUUGUUCUGACGUGGUUAUACCCGUUUGUUGCCAUCACAGUUUUGAUAUGUCUGAGCGCCUCUCUGCCGCUGUGUGGGAACGUCAUCAACAAAGUGUACUGUGAUAACUACUCCAUCGUCAAACUGGCGUGCACUGACACCACUGUUAAUAACAUCUACGGACUCAUUUACACAGUUGUGACAAUUUGUGUCGUCAUUUUAAUCUUUUACACGUACAUCCGGAUCCUCCACGUGUGUUUCUGUGGAUCCAAGCAGACGAGGCAGAAAGCCGUCAGCACCUGCACGCCUCACCUGGCCUCUCUGCUCAACUUCUCCUGCGGCUGUUUCUUUGAGAUCGUCCAGAGCAGGUUUGACAUGAAACACAUACCUUAUAUGUUGCGUGUGUUUCUAUCUCUGUACUGGCUCACGUGUCAGCCGCUCUUCAACCCCGUCCUGUACGGGCUCAACUUGACCAGAAUCCGUAUCCUUUGUAAAAGUCUGCUCUUUGGUAAAAUGUAACAACGGCUUUUUCCUAGAUUCUGUAGUUCUUAUAAAACUGACUAUUGUAAACAAUACUGUCUUAGAUUUGUAUUAAAUGUGAGUAUUAAAGGUUGGCCAAGAAUUAAAUGGUUUGAAAUCCUUGGGGCCGAUUGUCUUUGUGAGUUAGCAUCACUGCGAUUAUGUUAAUGAUAAGAUAAGCUCCUGUUCUUCUUACCACCCUUAUCUUAGUGAUUCAUUUCCCGGGUUAAAAGAGAGGAGUACUGUCACUGCACUUUCUCACAAACAUUCUGAUUCACCCCUAAACUCCACCAGAUCAAUGCGUUCAGUCCAUCUCCGCUCCAUCACCUUUAGCAGA